CCACUCACCACAGCUUUCAAUCAACGACCAAUGUCAUAAGAUUCGACCCCGAAAUUGCCCCUCCGCGGGGUUCUCUCGGGUGCACAUACCUUAAGCAAGUAAGUUGAUUUGAGGGGCGAACUUUAGCGUAUCCCGAUUCCAGCCUUAUCGGAGUUCGACAUUGACACUUAGGGUUGGAUGACUGUUACCCGAAACAGGCAGGUCGUUCCGAAACCGAUACUAAUCCAUCGACCAAACUGGUGAUAUGCUCAUGUCAAUCAUGGCGCACAUGGAGAACUUUACCCCGGAUCCAUAGAUCAAACCCGUCGGAAUGAUACUUACUUUUAGAAUCGUAUCCAACAAUCAACAACCAACAACCACCCAAGGAAAGCCAUUCCGGCACACUCGUAGAUAUAAGUAAUAAUAAACCAUGCCAGCAACCGACCAAAGAACAGACUAUCAGUUUCAAAAGAUUCAUACCACUUAUUCACUGUAUUCUAAGAAACCCAUUCCAACCACCUAAUCAAACCAAGCCACCAAGAUGAGCAACCAAGAACUCACGGGCGUUAUGGUCGCCUUGAUCACCCCCUUCACCGACGACGGCAGCAAGAUCGACGAAUCCCGUCUGAAGUCCCACAUCGACCGACUCCUCCAAGCGGGCGUGCACGGCCUCGUCCCCGGUGGCAGCACGGGUGAAUUCACAGUCCUCUCCCUCGCCGAGCGCAAGCAGUUAACUGAGCUCUGUGUUAAAUACGCUGCGGGCCGUGUGCCGGUGGUCGCCGGCACCGGCGCCACCUCGACACAGGAGGCCGUCGAACUGGCCAAGCACGCCGCUGAAGUCGGCGCCGCAGCAGUGAUGGUCGUUCCACCUUACUACGACCCAGUUAACUACGAACAGCUCACGGAGAUGAUGAGCGAGAUCCACACCGAGUCGAAGCUGCCGAUUAUGUACUACAACAUCCCGUCUGCGAGCGGCUUGACCUUGACGCCGCAGCAGCUUGCUGAUCUGUCCAAGGUCGGCGUUAAGUACAUGAAGGAUACAUCCGGCAAUGCGCCGGCGUACACAGAGCUGGUCUUUGCUUUGUCGGAUAAGAUCACCGCGUUCAACGGCUGGGAUACCCUUACGUUCUAUGGUAUGGCGGCUGGAGCGCCUGGCUGUGUUUGGGGCGCUGCGAACGUUAUCCCAGAGUUGGCGGUGCAGUUGUGGGACGCUAUUGCUGUGAAGGGUGAUUUGAAGCGGGGUAGGGAGCUCUGGUCUAAAGCUUACCCUAUCUGCAAGUUCUUGGAGUCGCAUAACUAUGCUGCUGCUGUGAAGACUGGUGUUGAGUUGACUGGCCAACCCACUGGUGGUCUGCGGAAGCCCUUUGCCCUGUUGGCAGACCAGCACAAGGCUGAGUUGGCGUCGUUCAUGCAGUCGGCUGGUGUUAAGACUGUUUGAACGGUGGAUAUUGGGAGGAAUAUAUAAGCAUUAUUGACUCAAUCAUGUGAGACGUGACAUUCCGGCGUUUUGUGCUUCAGCUUUCUAUCUGUGAAUAUGUAUGACAGGAAAUGAUAAAAUAUAUGGUUCUUUUCCCCUCAUGAAAGCAUUGGCCAAAGCUUUUUCUGUCUCAAUAUAUCCAUCCACGUAGGUAAUGGGCCUCCAGCGCGAUUGUAUCGGAGGUAUCCGUCUUGCUCUUUCCACACGGCGGUCAUCACAUCCUUCGCGACUACAAAGGAUGCAAAGCCGCAUUGUGCGCCUCCCUUCUCGACCCAUCGCAGGAGAGCAUCGCGCUUAGAUGGUGCCGUGGCUUCACAUCCGGCCAUGAACGCC